ACGAGCUGAGGCGGUUGAGGAAAACCUGAAGGGGACCUGGGGCAGUUGAAGGUGACCUGAGGCGGCUGAGGAAGAACUGAGGAAGAGCUGGGGUGGCUGAGGAGGAGCUGAGGCACCUGAGGAAAGGCUCAGGCAGCAAAGGAAGAGCUGAGGCAGAACUGAGGAAUCUGAGGCCUAAAAAUUCAUCUUAUCAGCGUGUGUGGCCUCCAGCCCCUUCAGACAGCAGGUGCCUCACCCCCUGCCCCCGCCUCACAGGUGUCCGCCAUUCCCUGGCAGGAGACCCCUGAGGGAACACCUUCAGGAGGCAGCCCAUGGGAAGCCCACCACAGCAUCACUUUGGGACAACCUGAGGAGAAACUUCUUCCAGAGACACCACUGCUGGUGUCACACUGCACUGGUGACAUCUGGGAGAUAUUUGGCUGCUACCAAGGACUGUGUGGCACUGGCAACCAUUCCAGGAGCCCUGGGAGAGCAGCUCUGUGUCUCUGCUCCUGCACCAGCAAUGGAUGCACUGGGCUGCAGCUUGGCCACGCUCUGAACAUUUGCUGUACUGCACUCCAGAUGUGGCUGCCUUUCACAGACAGGGCAAAGAGACUUCACCAAGUGAAGGGAGGCCAUCAAAUUCACACUGUCUUCAUCUGAGACCACCUCCAAAACAAAGAACCUGACUUCUCUCCUUGCUUUGUACACUGGAAUGGACCUUGAAGCCUGUGACUUCUCAGUGCAAGAAUGAAGUGAAUUUAGAGCUAAAAACGAGGCAAGAAACCAGGCCUUGAAAUCUCCGAAAGGUAGGAGAGACUUCAGACUGCAAUGGGCAGUUACUGGCAUUGCUGUAGAGACAUCCUGAACGACGUGUUGGAAAAGGAAGUGCACAGGACAGUCUUUCUGCAUUGUGAACAUGUGUGAGACCCCCAUGCAAAGCUGUGCUCUGUUCUGACUCCAAGUCUCCUCAGACAUGGCCGAGGAAAAUGCACCUGAAAGAACUAUAUGCACUGACGCAGCCUCAGGAAAACCCACAAUGGCUGCCAAGCGCAAAGGCGGCCUGAAGCUAAAUGCCAUCUGUGCCAAGCUGAGCCGCCAGGUCGUCUUCGACCACGGGGGAGCCGAGCAGGCGCGCGCCGACAAGGGGCCGCAGCGGGACAGCGGCAACAAGGACCUGCCUCAGCCCGGCACCAAGGAGCUGGGGACAGAGUUCUCAGAUGGACUCAGCCGCGUGCAGAAGAUCGAGGAGGACAAAAGGAGGGAGGUGAUUGAGAAGUGGGUGAAUGGGGAGUACAACGAGGAGCCCUUGCUGGGGCGAGUGGAGGGCAAGGAAUGUAAGGGCGCCGAGAGCGCGGAGGUGCCCCCAGAAGGGGUUUACAUGGUGCAGCCCAAGGGCUGCAGCGACGAGGAAGAUAAUGGGGACGAGGCAGACGCUCUGAGGAGCUUGCAGGAUGGCAACUUCUUGGAUGACAGGGAUUCAGACGGGCCAGCCUUGAAGGAUGAUGCCUACCGGUCCUCCAGUGGCGAGCCAGGCUCCAAGCUGGGAGCAGGAACCACCUCAGGGGAAGCGUCGUCGCUGCAGGAUUACGCCGCCACCACCAUGAACGAGUUCCUGGGCAUGUUCGGCUACGACGACCAGAACAUGCGGGACGAGCUGGCCCGCAAGAUCAGCUUCGACAAGCUGAACGCCGCUACCUCAGAGGCCGCCGCCGCCGCCACGCUGCCCGGCGAGGACGCCAUGAGCAAACGCGCCCGCUUCUCCAAGUACGAGGAGUACAUCCGCAAGCUGAAGGCCGGGGAGCAGCUCUCGUGGCCCAUGCACUUGGCCAAGUCCGAGGAGCUGGGCCCCAAGCUGGGCAAAGAACCUUCCUCGGUGCUGGCGCAGCCCAUUCGGGUGCCAGGUCCAGACGCCUCCCUGCUGACGGAGACCAAAGCCACCAUCCUGCCGCUGCCCUCUCCCAGCAGCUCCCAGAUGCAGGGCCUGAUGUCACGGGCCUCCAAGUACGACUUCUUCAUUCAGAAGCUGAAGACGGGUGAGAGCAUCAGGCCACAAAACGGCAACACGUACAAGAAGGCCUCCAAGUAUGACCUAGAAAACGUCAAGUACUUGCACCUUUUCAAGCCUGGAGAAGGAAGCCCAGAUAUGGGAGGAGCCAUCGCCUUCAAGACGGGCAAGGUAGGCCGGCCUUCCAAGUAUGAUGUGAGGAACAUUCAGAAGCUCACUCCAGUAAAAGCUCCAGCUCCCAGCCUGGCCCCUGCUCCCCUCGCCAGCACCCCCAGCAGCACUCCCGUGGCCGGGCCAGAACAGUCCGUCUCAUUGCCAUUCAACACUCCUGAGUACCUGAAAUCAACCUUCUCCAAGACAGACUCCAUCACAACUGGAACAGUCUCUACAGUAAAGAAUGGAUUACCCACUGACAAACCAGCCGUCAGCGAAGAUGUAAAUAUUUACCAGAAGUAUAUUGCCAGGUUCUCGGGCAGCCAGCACUGUGGGCACAUACACUGUGCAUACCAGUACAGAGAACAUUACCACUGCCUCGACCCCGAGUGCAACUACCAGAGAUUCACCAGUAAGCAGGAUGUGAUCCGGCAUUACAACAUGCACAAGAAGCGGGAUAACUCCCUGCAGCACGGCUUCAUGCGCUUCAGCCCCCUGGACGACUGCAGCGUGUACUACCACGGCUGCCACCUCAACGGCAAGAGCACACACUACCACUGCAUGCAGGUGGGCUGUAACAAGGUCUACACGAGCACCUCUGACGUGAUGACCCACGAGAACUUCCACAAGAAGAACACUCAGCUCAUCAACGACGGGUUCCAGCGGUUCCGCGCCACGGAGGACUGUGGCACUGUGGAGUGCCAGUUCUACGGGCAGAAAACCACUCACUUUCACUGCAGGAGACCUGGGUGCACGUUCACCUUCAAGAACAAGUGUGACAUUGAGAAGCACAAGAGCUACCACAUCAAAGAUGAUGCCUAUGCCAAGGAUGGCUUCAAGAAGUUCUACAAGUACGAGGAAUGCAAGUAUGAGGGCUGUGUCUACAGCAAGGCCACCAACCACUUCCACUGCAUCAGGGCAGGCUGUGGCUUCACCUUCACCUCCACCAGCCAGAUGACCUCCCACAAACGCAAACACGAGCGCCGGCACAUCCGGAGCUCGGGAGUGCUGGGCCUGCCUGCCUCUCUCCUGGGCUCCAAGGACAACGAGCAGGAGGAGUCCAGUAACGAUGACCUCAUUGACUUCUCUGCCAUGAGCUCCAAGAACUCCAGCCUGAGUGCCUCCCCGACCAGCCAACAGUCUUCCGUGUCUCUCAUCGUCCCGGCCGCGCCCUCCUCUGCGGCCGAGCUCGCUUCCUCACAGGCCACCAAGGCUGCCAACAGCAUGACACCAGCCACCAAGAUCUCUGGCCUGCUCUCCCAGGCUCUUCCCAGCAAUAUACCCUUGGCCCUGGCACUCUCCAACUCAGCACUUCCUGGGACAGCUGGAUCCUUCUUCCCCAUCAUCCCCAGUCGGGUCUCUACACCACUGCCUGCCAGCUCGGCUAAUCUGAUGACUGCUGGUUCUUCUGGCGCCAAUCCAACAUCAUCUGCUCCUACAGAUUCCUCAUCCCAGGCAGUCUCAGGAUCUGGUGAGCCAGCGGCUACUUCCUCUCCAGCUCCAGCAGCAUCUAUAAUGGAAAGGAUCUCUGCUAGCAAGGGAUUAAUCUCUCCUAUGAUGGCCAGGCUGGCAGCAGCUGCACUCAAGCCCUCUGUGGCACUUGAAGCAGGGAAUGGACAACCAGCAGCUCCCGGACGGUUCAAUCCGGUCCAGGUGAAGCAGGAACCUGCGGAGGCCAUGGGAUCAUCAUCUGCCACCAGUCAGGACUCCCUGCAGGAGCACAGCUUGGACCUGAGCGUCAAGGAUCACGGUAAUGAAUCAAAUGGCCACACAGUCUCGGCAAAUUCAUCUCUUUUAUCCUCGCUUAUGAAUAAGAUGUCCAAGACCAGUGCCAGCCUUGGCAACCUGCUGAACAUUAAGACAGAAGGUGAUGGCAGCCAGGCUGGGGCUGGGGAGCCAACCCAGUACUUGGGCAAGGCAGUGAAGGCCCUUGUCCAGGAGAAGCUCUCUGAGCCGUGGAAGAUGUACCUGCGCCGGUUUGGCACCAAGGAUUUCUGCGAUGCCCAGUGUGACUUCCUGCACAAGGUGCAUUUCCACUGCGUGGUGGAGGAAUGUGGGGCCCUGUUCAGCACCCUGGAUGGAGCCAUCAAACACGCCAAUUUUCACUUCCGAACUGAGGGUGGAACUGUGAAAAGUAACUCUGAGUCUCCCUUCUCAACCACUACUGAGAGUAAAGCUUCACUGGCCCCUUCAUCACCAUCUGCUACUUCUGCCACCAUGGCAAGUGCUCCUGCCCUCGACGUGCCCACUCCAAGUCCAGCUACUGUGCCCUCUGCCCCCACACUGCUGGCUUGGAAGCAGCUGGCUUCCACUAUACCCCAGAUGCCUCAGAUCCCAGCAUCAGUGCCUAACCUGGCAGCUUCACCCUUGGCAACGACUUCCCUGGAGAACGCCAAGCCUCAGGUCAAACCCGGAUUUCUCCAGUUCCAGGAGAAUGAUCCCUGCCUGGCAACAGACUGCAAGUACGCCAACAAAUUCCACUUCCACUGUCUCUUUGGGAACUGCAAGUAUGUGUGCAAAACCUCUGGCAAAGCAGAAUCCCACUGCCUGGACCACAUCAACCCCAACAACAACCUGGUGAACGUGCGAGACCAGUUUGCUUAUUACUCCCUGCAGUGUCUCUGUCCCAACCAGCACUGUGAAUUCCGGAUGCGAGGGCAUUACCACUGUCUGCGUCCUGGCUGCUACUUCGUGACAAACAUCACCACCAAGCUGCCCUGGCACGUGAAGAAACAUGAGAAGGCAGAGAGGAGGGCAGCCAACGGCUUCAAGUAUUUUACCAAGAGGGAAGAAUGUGGCAGAUUGGGUUGCAAAUACAACCAGGUGAACAGUCACUUCCACUGCAUCCGAGAGGGCUGCCAGUUCUCCUUCCUGCUCAAGCACCAAAUGACAUCCCACGCCAGAAAGCACAUGAGGAGGAUGCUGGGGAAGAACUUCGAUCGUGUUCCCACUCAGGUUAUUGGCCACACUCCAAGAAAUGAGAAUCUCCCCCAGGUUGGCAGCAUGGCACCCAGCCCAGCCUCAUCAGGAACCCCAGCUUCCUUCCAGGGACCCCCCAGCAUGAUGGACACGGAAACAGAUGAGUACAUGGAUUACACUGGCUGUAGCCCUGGGGGGAUCUCCUCGGAAUCUUCCAACAUGGACCGCAGCUGCUCCAGCACUCCAGUGGGCAACGAAAGUACAUCAGCAGGGAACACCAUCACUAUGCCAACUGCCUCGGGGGCCAAGAAGCGCUUCUGGAUCAUCGAGGACAUGUCCCCGUUUGGGAAGCGCCGCAAGACCGCGUCCUCCCGCAAGAUGCUGGAUGAGGGGAUGAUGCUGGAGGGAUUCCGGCGCUAUGACCUCUACGAGGACUGCAAGGACUCCAGCUGCCAGUUCUCCCUCAAGGUGACCCACUACCACUGCACGCGGGAGAACUGCGGCUACAAGUUCUGCGGCCGCACCCACAUGUACAAGCACGCGCAGCACCACGACCGCGUCGACAACCUGGUGUUGGAUGAUUUCAAACGUUUCAAGUCUUCGCUGAGUUGUAACUUCCCAGACUGUCAGUUCUCUGGCAAUAGCACACACUUCCACUGUCUGCGCUGCGGCUUCCGCUGCACUGACAGCACCAAGGUGACAGCCCACCGCAAGCACCACGGCAAGCAGGACGUCAUCAGCGCCGCGGGCUUCUGCCAGUUCAGCUCCAGCGUGGACUGCGAGGUGCCCGACUGCAAGUACAAACUCAAGUGCUCCCACUUCCACUGCACCUACCCUGGCUGCAAACACACGGUGGUGGGUAUGUCACAGAUGGACUCGCACAAGCGCAAGCAUGAGAAGCAGGAGCGAGGGGAGCUGCCUGCCAUCUCCCCUGGCCCCGAGGGCCUCGCCCACUCCACCCUCGAGUAUGACAUCCAGAACUCUUCCAUCAACCUGGACAGCUCCCUCAACCUCAGCACUGACAACAACAGCUCCCUCUUCUUCCUGCAGAACGCGGCCGGCGUGGGCCUCAACGACUCCCUGGACCUCAGCAAGAAACAGGCAGAGGCCACCGAGGGCCCGUCCCCGAGCAGAGCUGGGACCGCGGCCCAGGAGAGGGGCCCGGGGGCAUCGGGCUCUGGUGAUGUGGAGGACGAGGAUGACUCUUCCCAAGAGGAUGAAGAGGAUGACGAGGAGGAGAUGAAUGAAGAAGAGGAGGAUGACGAAGAGGAGGAUGAUGAUGAUGACGACGAGGAGGAUGAUGAAGAGGAAGACCUGAACACGGAUUCUGAAGAAUCGCUGCCUGACCCUGAAGGCCUGGCCACUAAAGAAGAUGGAGAACCAGAGGAGGCUGCUUCUUCCACAGACCAUGGUGAUGCUUCCAGGCCACAGGGCGAGCCAGCCCUCACUCCAGCCCCAGCUCCUGCUCCUGCUCCUGCUCCAGCUCCAGCUGCUGCCCCAGCCUCCACCGCUGCUCCAGCAGCUUCUCCUUAAUCCAAGAGACGACGACGGCAGUGGUUUGGUUUUGCUCUUACACAGAAUUACUAAGAGGACCCUAUGUGAGGCGAGAACAAAGAUUGGGAUGGCAAAUGAAAAACAAACUCCGUGCCACACACACGAGAGAGAGGAAGGAAGGAAACCCCUGCUCCUCCCCAGGCCCCAUAAGAGAUCGGUUUGCAGCAGGACUGGUGCUGCCUCCUCCAUUCUACAGAUCCCGGAACAGGGGGCAGGAUGCAGCAAAAAAUACCCUUUAUAUGGACAUGAACCUUGAGGGUACCCGCUGCUCUUCCCUGCUCCCUGCAUGGUGCGUGGGGCCUGUGCCCAUCUGGGGACCCUUUGUUAUGGGUGGGGCUCUAUCCCCCCAAUUUUCUUUCUGGGUUUUAUUUUUCCAUGUUUUCAGUUGUACGAUAAUAAUAAUAAUCUCCACUUCUUGGAGGGGGGUGGGUGGGAACAACAGGUAAUGAAUUUUAGAGAUAUAUAUUUGUGUGUGUGUCUCUCUAUAUAUAAUGUACGCACACACACACAUAUAUAAAAUUCAAGGAAUUGGUGUCACAGAGACAAGUAGCUCAGCUUUUGCCGGUGGGAAGGAGGGGUGAGGGGUGUGCUCUCUCUCCACCCCUCCCCCUUCUUUCUCCAGCAUUAAAUGAAUGGCAUCAGACAGCCAGGGUGGGAGUGGGUAUUUAUUGUCACAUAAAUGAGGACGCAUUAAUGAACGAGCAGGGGUGGGAACGGGACACUCCUCUGUUCUUCCAGAUCCUUUUUACUGUUAAUGAUAAUAAUUUUGAAUGCUAUUUAUAUUGUAAAACUU